CUCUCUCUCUCUUCAAUUUUAGUCUUCUCCGUUGAACAGCAGGUAAGGUAAGGCCCCUAACACAUUUCUUUCCUUCUCCAUUUCUCUCUCUUGUCUACAAAAAAUGUUUGUGUCAACUCUUCUAGUCUACAAAAAUUUAUUUGAAUUUAAAGCAAAUUAAUAUACCAAAAAAAGUCCCAUUUCGGUUCAUUAUAAAAACAGAUGGUGAAGAAAGUGGGAGGAGGAGGCACUACCAAUGCCAACAAAAUUAAUGUUUCCAUCAAGUCUCAGGAUGGUGACACAAUCUUUUUUCGGGUUUCUCGGCACAAGAGUAUACAAGAUAUGCUUAAAGUUUACUGUCAACAGAAAAAUUUCAAAUAUAGUGAGAUGUCCUUUAUUCACGAGGGAAAUCGAAUCCCAAGGACAAAGACUGUCUUUGAGCUUGGCAUAGAAGAUGGAGACGAGAUAGAUGCAAUGAAACAUCAAGGUGGAGGUGGCAACCCAAUGGCUUCUACUACCUAAUUUUGUUGUAAAAAUACUACAUUUAUGUAGUGGAGCUCUAUUAACAACCGUGGCUAGCUUUCUAAUUUUCUUAGAGGCUUCAAACUCUUAUGUUUAUUUGAAAGUUUGCAAUAUUAUAUUUUAGUAUUUCAAACUCAUAAA